AAGUUAAAUUAUAGUUAGAUGAUAUUAGGACAUUCUAACGAUGACUCGGAAACAGAAAAAGUCAAGAAUUUUAGCUCCUCAUCAAAGUGGACGGUCGCCGAUAGAUUUAGAUGACAAAAUUGUUUAUCCGAAGAAAACUCCACCAUUAUUGUUAAACGGACAUUGGUUAAACGAUGGAGAAGCUACAUUGUCGAAUAAUGGACGCACAGCAAGCGUUUAUUUAUGCGGAAAUCGAAUUCCGUCGUGGAUAUCCGGAGGACCUCUUCUCCAAGACGUGUACGACUUCCACCACGUCCAUUUCCACUGGGGCAAAGACAAUUGCUUCGGGUGUGAACAUACGAUAAAUGGAACCUGGUUUUCAAUGGAGGCUCAUGCUGUUCACUGGAAUCGGAAAUACUUCACAUUCGAGGCAGCUCUUCAACAAAAGGAUGGACUUUGCGUACUCGGUUACUUAUUCCUGGCGACGAGCACGUGGCCUCAUCCUUUGUUGGAGAAAAUCACGGAUAACCUGAAACACAUUGUUGAUCCAGGGAAGGAUGUGAAGAUACCGCCUAAUUGUUUAUCCUGGAUGAGGAGUGCUAUAUUUUGCGAGGGAUACUACUUUUAUCAUGGAUCCUUGACCCAGGAUCCUGAAAGGACCUCCACCGAUUGUGUCCUUUGGGUCGUCUUUCCGACGAUUUUGCGGAUAUCUACGUCUCAGGUGGAGGAAUUCCGUAAAUUAAAAAACAUUCACGGAGAAUCCAUCAUGGCGAACUGCACCUCCGUGCAGCCAUUAAGAGGCAGGAAAAUAUUUUGGGCAAUUAAUUAG